AGAUAAUGGAGCACAGCUUUAGCAUUGUCUGGUGCGUAGCUGUUGAAUAUUCAAAAUGAAGGUUGUGAGUGUUGUUCUUCUCUCAAUUUUGGCGUUAGCCAAUGCGGGACCUACGUUACAAAAUAUACAUUUUGCUGAUAGCUUCCAGCAAAGUUUAAGUCCUCAAGAAUACCACGUGAAGCUUGCAGCUCCAGACACUGAACUGUCAGUGGAGGACCAUGUCGUGGAGUACUUCAACUCGCUGGACCGCCAAGAACGCAGCUUCAUCGGCGACGUCAUCAAAAACGCCCUCGAGGGCUUCAGGGAUGUGGUGAUCAAUGGCAACGACGACGUCCCCGUCUUGGACCCCUUCGUAAUCGACCAUAUGGGACCUUUCCUAUUCACUGCGACCGGAGUCCGCGGUGAGGCAAACAUCCGUAACUUCAGAGUGGAGGGUCUCAGAUGGUUCUUGGUGGACCACGUCACCUUCAACGCUCUCCGCCUGACCUUGGGUCUUCAAGUUACUGUCCCAUGGAUUACAACCACCGGAAGUUACGAUGCCCGAGCCUCCAUUGCUUUCCUUACGCAUAACGCUGGCGGUAACUUCAGGGUGUUCGUAAACCGACUGGUAGUUGGCGUUGAUGUCAGGCUGGGAGCAAAUAUCUUCGGAGGAGGUCAAUUGUUUUUGAGGGAGCUAGAUAUCAAAAUCGAUAUCCAUGAUACACAUAUUUCAAUGGACGGUAUGUUUGGGUCGAGUCUGCUCAACAGUUUAAUCAGCUCUAUGGUGCAGAGUAUCACGCAAGACGUAAUCCAAUCCCAGUUGGAAACUGUGAGCCAGACGCUCAGCGAAGAACUAUUCGAUGCCAUUAACGAUUUCCUGAAAGAUUUCACUCUUGCCGAUAUAUCCGGUUAAAACUUGAACUUUACAAAUUAAAAUUAAUAAGUUUGUUAUCAAA